GCCUAGAGGAAACCCCCGCCAAUGGUGUGCAUUCGAUCACUUCUCCAACAUUCCAUAUCCAAACCUACAGCUAAAACCUACCAUUUACAUAGACAGUCAAAAGUUUCAUUUGCUUAGACGCAUUCCCUCAAUAAUACAAAAACACAUUACCCUUAGUAAUUGCUGUUUCAUAUCACAUUUGUAGAUAUCCUACAAAGAUGGCUCAAUCGACAGCCCACCGCCGGCUCCUUCAAGAGUACAAGAUGCUGACUAACAAUCCUCCUGAUGGUAUCACGGCCGGUCCAGUGAGCGAAGAUGAUAUGCUUCACUGGGAAGCUCUGAUCCAAGGUCCCGAGGGCACUCCCUUCGAAGGAGGUAUCUUCCCUGCCGAGCUCAAGUUCCCCAAGGAUUAUCCCCUAGCGCCACCCAAGAUGACAUUUCUAGGAGAGAUCUUCCACCCCAAUGUAUAUCCCAGCGGUUUAGUCUGUAUCUCUAUCCUCCAUCCUCCCGGAGACGACCCGAAUCACUACGAGCACGCAUCAGAGCGAUGGAGUCCGAUCCAAUCCGUCGAGAAAAUUCUCAUUUCCGUUAUGAGCAUGCUGGCGGAGCCCAACGACGAAAGUCCAGCAAACGUCGAGGCGGCCAAGAUGUGGCGAGAGAGACGCUCAGAAUACGAGAAAAAGGUUCGGGACGGAGUCCGACGAAUGCUCGGUCUCUAGUGGAGAGAAGGAUAUCAAGUUUCAAUCGCUGAUCUUUUGCACAUAAUGCAUCCUCAUAACUUGAUCUGUCAGGUCAGCGCCGCGGCUCGGAUUCACAUGC